AUGCGGGGGCUUCUCCUCUGCUGUUUUGUGGCCCUGGCAACAUGCCAAAAUGUCCAUUACGAGCUCGGCCUGAACCCUAAGAAGACCUACGAGUACAAAUAUGAGGGAGAGGUGAAAUUUGGACUCGGCAUGCCAAACCUUGCUGAGUCUGGUGUGAGAAUGAUGUGCAAGGUUAAGAUUGCUGGUGUGUCUGCACAAACAUUCAUCUUGCAGGUCUCAGAUUUAGCCUUGGAGGAGUUCAAUGGCUUCCCGGGGAAAAGCGGCUUUAACGCCUCACCAAAGCUCACCCAGCGUAUUGCUGCCCAGCUCAUCAAACCCUUCAUGUUUGACUACACCAGUGGACACAUUGGUGACAUCCGUGCCUCUGCUGAGAUUUCUGACACUGUAGUCAACAUUGUGAGAGGGAUACUGGGUUUCUUCCAAGUCACUGUCAAGACCACACAGAGGAUCUAUGAGCUGGAGGAGGUUGGCAUCCAUGGCAAGUGCCAGAGUAACUAUGCUACUGAGGAAAACAAGGAAACACAGGACAUGACCAUCACCCAGGUUGUGGAUGUGACUAACUGCCGGGAGAAAGCAGCCAUCUACAGGGGAAUGGCUACUGCUGUGCUCGACCAAGUCUCCAAACAGAGAGGGGAAUCUGUCAUUUCAACAGUGAGAUAUGUUUACACAGUCAAACCAACAGCAGAGGAAGGUCUCAUUACCAGGGCUCAUGGCCUGGAGCGACAGCACUUCAGUCCCUUCAAUGUGAAGGGCGGCAGUUUCAAGAUGCAAGCAACGAAGGAAAUAGUGCUACUCGGUGUGACUGACACUGUGAGAGCUGUCACGUUUGGGCCAGUGGAAAGCAAAGGCAACCUUGUUUACAAGUUUGUCAACACUGCAGCUAAUGUCCCCCUUUUGAUGCAGAACCUGGAAGACCCAGUACCAAAGGCUGUUGAACUGAUCAAGCGUCUGGCUGAGGCUAAUCGCUAUCAGAUCGACAGUGCGACGACUGAAGACAUUAUAAAGCUGUAUCAACUCCUGCGAGUGACGCCUUAUGAAGGAUUGGACUACAUGUGGAAACAAUUUGCAGGAAAUGAAGAACAUAGACGUUGGUUUUUGGACAUGAUUGUUGAGGUUGGCGAUGCCAGAAUCCUGAAGUUCCUGGAAACGAGGUUUGAGGCUGGAGAUGUUUCUGCAACAGAAGCUCUGGAAACCCUUUUAUUGGCAAUUAACCACCUCAAAGCUAUUCCUGAGUUUGUUGAGAUGGCUAAAAUGUUCCUGACCAUGCCCUUCAGUAAAUCAAAUAUCUAUCUGUGGCAUACUGUGGUGCUUUCCUAUGGUUCUCUGGUCUACAAGCACUGUGCAUAUUAUACACCCUGCCCAGUCACUGCUGUUCAGCCACUGCUGGACAUGGCUACGGACGCUCUGAAGAAUGGCAAUGAGGCGGAGAUGGUCAUCACUCUGAAAGCUCUGGGGAACGCUGGUCAUCCCGGCAGCAUUAAAACCAUCAUGCGCUUCCUCCCCGGAGUGGCCGCCAACCCUGUAGAUCUGCCGCCUCGUGUGCUGAGUGCUGCUGUGCAGUCUAUGAGACUCAUAGCUGCCAGAGACCCUCAAAGUGUCCAGGACAUCACCAUGGCUCUGUUGCUGCAAAAGAACCUUCCCACUGAGAUCCGCAUGCUGGCCUUCAUGAUCCUGUUUGACACUAAGCCAUCAAUGGCUCUGGUGUCCACGGUGACCGCUCAUCUACAGCAGGAAAAAGACCUUCAUGUUGUUAGUUUUGCAUAUUCCUACCUCAGGAGCUUUGCCAGAUCCAGUACUCCCGACAAUCACUUCCUCUCCACUGCCUGCAAUGUAGCUGUGAAAAUCCUGGCCCCUAAAUUUGGUCGUCUCAGCUACCACUACAGCAAAGCAAUGCGCAUGGACUGGUUUAACGAUGAUUUCCUAAUUGGCACAGCAGCGGAAGUCUUCAUGCUAAGAAGUGCAACAAACAUCUUCCCCACUGAAAUCAUGAUGAAAGGAAAGUUUUAUUUCAUCGGGAGAAUUCUGCAGCUACUGGAGUUUGGUAUCCGUCCUGAAGGAAUUAAGGAGUUGUUUGGUAGCAGCAUCCCUGGAUUUAAUGGAGAUCUAGGUUUCAGUGACUUCCAGGCUAUUUUCAAUGUGCUUAAAAACUGGGAAAUUCUUCCCAGUGAUAAACCAGUCCUUUCCGCCUAUUCACGCGCUUCUGGACAAGAGUGGUUCUUUGCUGAUAUCAACAAAGAGUUCAUUCAGAAUAUCAUCAGGGCUGUCAGUCCCUCUGCAGGGAAAGAAAGCCCUCUGUGGGCUGUGAUUGAGAAUUUACAGAAGGGAGUGUCGUGGCAUCGGACCAAGCCUUUCUUGAUCUUUGAGGUUCGCUACUUCCAAGCCACCACGCUGGGUCUCCCGCUGGAGAUCAGCAAAUACUAUGAAACACUCAAUGGAAUCACUGUUAACGCUAAAGCUGCAAUAAAUCCACCACUGACUGAACAUCUUGGACAACUCCUGACUUCUGAAAUUUCACUGGAGACCGAUGGUUUUGUUGGUUACACAAAGGAUUUUUGGGUUUUCUACGGGAUCAACACAGAACUGUUUCAGUGUGGCUCUGAGCUGAAGGCCAAAAACCCUAUCGCUAUUCCAUGGAAGUUUUCUGCCAAGAUCAACGUCCGAGAAAAGAAGUUUGAACUUGACUUUCAUCCAUGCAAAAAAGAGUUUGAAAUCCUUUCAGUCAGCUCCAAUGUGUAUGCAGUCUCCAGGAACAUUGAAGAACCAGCUAUGGCGAAAAUGACCCCAAUCAUGCCCAACGCUAUUGACUCCAAUGAUGAAGUUGCCCACAUGGGCCCCACAGUUGUGAGGCCUGAGUCAGAUCAGAUCAUGACACCAAACAUCUGGCAUCCGAGAGCCAGAAUGUGCGCUGAGAGUAACAUUUAUGGAGCUGGUCUCUGUGUGGAAUCUGAGUUGAGGAGAGAGUAUUAUCAUGAGGAAUACCCACUGUACUAUUUCUUGGGAUACACCCACAUGGCAUUCAAAGUAGUCCCAGCCCAGGCAAUCAAAGCUGUUGACAAAAUCCACAUUGAGGUUAAUGCCGGCCCAACCAGACAUCCGAUGAGCACACGCCAACUGCUUGAGACUCUGCGAAGGCUUUCCAAGGAGGCCAUUCAGCGAGUAGGUCUGUCCUCCGACUCAGCCUCAAGCGUCAGACGAUCUCAUCACAGCCAUCAUGUCAAUGUAAUGGAAGUCUUGGACGCGACACCUGAAGCUGUUUUCAACAUCAAAGCUUUCGCCAUGAGUGGCAACCAGAAGCCUGAGGGUUAUGACGCAGCUGUGUACUACACGCCCGAGGCAAAUAUUCAGAACACCCAACUGAUUGUGUCCCAGGUUGGAGAAGAUACCAACUGGAAGAUGUGUAUGGACACCACUGUGAAUGCCCAUGUUGAUGCAAAGACACACAUCAGAUGGGGAGCUGAAUGUCAGUCCUAUGAAAUGUCAAUGAGAGCUGCAACUGCACAUCUGCCUGGUUCCAAGCCAACACUCAAGGCCAAAGUACACUGGACCAGGAUCCCAGAAACCAUGGCAGAGAUGGGCAGAAGAAUUGAAAGCUACAUCCCAGGCAUGGCGUUCUUUCUCAGCUUCUACCAGCAACAUGAGAGAAACGCCAGGCAGGAGGUUUCUGCAUCAGUUGUUGCUGCCUCAGCAGACAGCGUGGAUGUGAAGAUUAAAUUCCCAGAGUAUACAGUCUACCGCCAGGCUAUUCCAGUUCCACUGCCAGCUGCCAGUUUUCAGGACGACACCAGAAACACAACAAUAGAUGGAUUUGGACGUUCAUAAAACCAUGGAGACAACAAAACCCAGAUGGGAGCCAGAUGCCUCUUUUCACAGUGAUAACACUGCAUCCAAAAUCUCACCACCGUGAUGAAAGUGAGGAUCAUAAAAGAUUCAUCAGUAAUCCCUCAGAUGUCGCCAGUUUGGAAGUAACCUGUAAAGGUCCUGAUUUAUUCAUCUGAAAGCAUGUUAAUAUUUGAACACCCUCUUUUGAAGAAAUAUUGUGUAAAUUCAUGUUUAUGUUCAAAAAUAUUGUAUCUUCAUAAUACUGGAUUUACCAAAAACUAUUUCAGCAAGUUUUUUUUUUGUUAUGAUUCUGUCACAACAAAGACUUGGUUCUUCCAACAUUGUGCUAAAUCUGUGUGAUUAAAAUAAAGAGCAAUCCUUGGAAAUCCUGAGAAACUUGAAUCAGAGUUUAAAAUUCAGUUUAAAAUGAAAAGUGACAACCCAGUCUGCGGCAAACUUUGCUCUGCUGUUGUUAAAAAAAAGAAAGCUAUUUAAAUCAGAUUUUCCUUGCAAUAUGUAAGAUACAGAGUGGAAACGGAACCAAACACAAUCCAAAUGGCUGGCAUGUUUGCCAUUUCUACAGGCCAAUUUGGCUAAUAAACAAGUCUUUGUUAACAGGUCCUGUUCUUUUCUAAAUGUCCUAUUUGAUUGUGAAAAUACUGAAUGUUGCGGGGGAGUUUUGGAUUCAGUAAAGUGGAUCAUUGUAAACUGGAGGCUUUCUACUGAAAGAGGUGAAUGUUUACAAGGUCUGUAUGACCCACUCUGUUUGUUUGGUCAUCUGAUGCAACAGGACUGUUUGCAGAUAUCAGUACACAAUGUCACCAUGCAUGCCCCUAAAGUUCAGUGCCGCUGCCACACAAAGCACUCAGGGCCCUUUGUUUAAAAAAACCCCAAAAAGGCCAGUGUUUGUUGGAUGGCUGGACCACAACAUCUAAUAUACACAUAUUUUAUCUACCUUUUAGAAGGAUCUCAAAAUAAAGGUUGUACUCUAUGAAUGGAUGUAAAAAUAUCUGAUGAACAUUAAUUGGUGUUCCCGAACUGGGCUCGGCCCAAAUCGCAGCUUUGAGUCGUAACAAAUGGGAUAUGUCACUAGCCAAAGAUAAUGAUUGCAUCCUAAUCAAAUACUGGUUGUCCUAACUACCCCUGGCUCUGCUUCUCCUGCCUACACUGAUUUAGCCAGAUGGUGUAGGAUUGCAGAGAAAAGACACUGCCAUCAAAGGCUGAACGGGAUGAGUACAAUUAUAAUGGCACCAUUAUGUUCCAUUUACAUCUCUAAUAUCCUGCGGGCUUUCAGAAGCCGGCGGACAGGCUGAUUGCAAAGCUGUUGUGUCUACGUCGAGAUCCACAUCAACUCCUGCUGUCUAGAAGAUCAGGACACACUGACCUUGUGCCGACAUGACUUCACCAGGUGAAAUCGGCAUUAGUGAAUGAUUGAUCAGGUAAUUUGGAGGAGGAGGAGGGAUAGGCCAUCCCCUCCUUUUUAUUGCUGCUCACUCUGCGAUUGUGACGUGCCUCAUUAGGCAGACUAUACCGGCCCCGGCUAAAAGCCAUCUGAGAGUAGCUGAUAAUAAAACCAUGGUUACAGACGUUUCGGUCCAACUGUAGCUAUUGUUGCAUGUUUUGGGGCAUAGCACUGGUCAUCAGUAGAGGAAGACACAACCAAUACAGCGUGUACAGUUUUAUUAUAAAACACAGGGACACACGUUGGUAGAAAAUAACUGGGAGGGAGUGUUUGACCAGACAGGCCUACAUUAACACCAUUUGUGAUGAAUGUAUUUAAUUACAGAAAUGUUACUGAGGUCUAUGGUGUUUUUAAAGAUGAAACAAUUCGCUGCAAAAGAUUUUUGGCAUAAUCCUGUGGUAUGCAUGUGAGUCUGUGUGUGUGUGUGUGUGUGUGUGUUAGAGUGUGAGCACUAGAGGACAGUAUUUACCAGACAUUAAAAUAUUCCUGGCUCAGUGCUGAAAGCCUGGCACCAGUGUUUGUUCAGUUCACAGAGAGGGCUAUGCAGUGGAUGUUGACAUUCUGAGGAUAAAUAAACAUAUGCUUUGGCACGGUCAAAUUGCUCCCCCAACUCUGUGGCAUGCAAAAAAAA